CUAUGCACUGAAGAGGGAAAUGUCCAACCAAACCACCGUGACUGAAUUCCUGCUCCUGGGCUUUUCUGAUAUUUGGGAGCUCCAGAUCUUACACUUUGUUAUCUUUCUCACAGCGUACUUGGCAACCCUGAUGAGGAAUCUCCUCAUCAUCACAGUUGUAACUCUUAACUGUGAACUUCAUUCUCCCAUGUUCUUUUUCUUGAUUAAUUUGUCCAUUGUGGACCUUGGCUCCAUCUCAGUGACCGUGCCCAAAUCCAUGUCUAACUCUUUAUUGAACACCAGGUUAAUUACCUACUCUGGAUGUGUUGCUCAAGUGUUUUGUCUCCUCUGCUUCUUGGGAGCAAAUUUAUCCCUUCUCACGGUUAUGGCAUAUGACCAAUACAUUGCUGUCUGCAAACCACUGCAUUAUGGGAUAAUUAUGAACAGAAGAGCUUGCGUCCAGAUGAUUGCCAGUGCUUGGGCUGCUAGUGUCAUCAACUCUGCACUGCACACAGGGAACACCUUUAGUCUCCCCUUCUGCCACUCAAAUACCAUCAACCAGUUCUUCUGUGAAGUGCCCCAGCUGCUCAAGCUCUCCUGCUCUGACACAUACCGCAGAGAGCUGGCAGCCCUUGCCUUCAGUGUGUUUUUAGCUCUUGGUUGUUUUGUUUUCAUCGUUGUGUCGUAUGUUCAGAUCUUCACCGCAGUGUGGAGAAUCCCCUCUGAGCAGGGCCGGCAGAAAGCCUUCUCCACCUGCAUUCCUCACCCGAUUGUGGUCUCCCUGUUUAUCUUCACUGGUGCCUUUGCCUACAUGAAACCCACCUCCUACUUCCCAUCCUCUCUAGAUCUUCUGACAGCUGUUCUGUAUUCUGUGGUUCCUCCAAUGGUAAAUCCAUUCAUCUAUAGCAUGAGGAACAAGGAGAUCAAAUGUGCUCUGAGAAAACUGCUCCAAAGGCAGAUGCUCUCCAAGAACAGGAUGUCCCUUUUUACUUUGUGUGUUUGGUUUACUACUUUGUUUCUUUAGAUCUAUAAUGAAAUCAUUAAAUUAAGUUUUCAUAAUGUCGUGUGCAUUCUGCUUAUGAAACAUGACACUUCUCAGCUACAUUCAGCAGUGCGAUAAAAUCUGUGUUACUCAACUGGAGUCAUUUUGUGUUAGAAUUGUUGAAGUGCAAGUGAAAAAGUCUGGUGUUCCUUGUGCCACC